GACCAGACAGACUACUACAACACCGCCUGAUGGGAAGCUGAGAGAGAAGGAGAGAGAGAAGGAGAGAGAGAGAAGCAGCUAAGGAGGAGACAAGCACGGGGAUUAGGUGAUUGAACCCGUGAUCGCCCAGUUUCAACAACGCAGACGGAGACCCCCACAUUCCUGUCGCUGUUUGGGGGGAAAAAGCCAAAAAACAUGGUGGUGAUGGAUCUGCAUUCAGCUCUGAACAACAAAGUGAGCAGGAUCUCAGUCAUGGCGAGGCUCGUCCUUUCCCUCCUGCUCCUGUGUGGAUGCCAAAAUAGUCUCUGCCAGACGUCAGAGGCUCUGAAGGAGGCGGCCGCCAACGACAACAGCACAUUGUUCACCAGGAUCCUGGACGGGCUCCUGGAUGGCUACGACAACAGGCUCCGGCCGGGGCUCGGAGAGAACGUCACAGAGAUCAAGACAAAUAUUUUCGUCACCAGCUUCGGCCCAGUGUCCGACACGGAGAUGGAGUACACCAUUGACGUGUUCUUCCGUCAGAGCUGGAAGGACGAGCGUCUGGGCUUCAAAGGGCCGAUGGAGACGCUGCCGCUCAACAACCUGCUGGCCAGCAACAUCUGGACCCCCGACACCUUCUUCCUCAACGGCAAGAAGUCCAUCGCUCACAACAUGACCACGCCCAACAAGCUGCUGAGGCUGAAGGAUGACGGCACCUUGCUUUACACCAUGAGACUGACCAUCUCAGCAGAGUGCCCCAUGCAGCUGGAGGACUUCCCCAUGGAUGCACAUGCCUGCCCUCUCAAGUUUGGCAGCUAUGCCUAUCCGGUGUCAGAGGUUGUCUACAAGUGGUCUACGGAAGCCGCUAGGUCUGUGGUUGUGGCGGAGGAUGGCUCCAGACUCAACCAGUACCAUCUUAUUGGGCAAACAACCGGCACAGAGAACAUACACACAAGCAGAGGACAGUAUACAGUGAUGAUGGCCCACUUCUACCUGAAGAGGAAGAUUGGAUAUUUUGUCAUCCAGACGUAUAUGCCCUGUUUCAUGACUGUAAUCCUGUCCCAAGUGUCAUUUUGGCUAAACAGAGAAUCCGUUCCUGCAAGGACUGUCUUUGGGGUGACCACCGUGCUGACCAUGACAACCCUCAGCAUCAGCGCCAGGAACUCGCUCCCUAAAGUGGCCUACGCUACGGCCAUGGACUGGUUCAUCGCCGUCUGCUACGCCUUCGUCUUCUCCGCCCUCAUCGAAUUCGCCACUGUGAACUACUUCACCAAGAGGAGCUGGGCCUGGGACGGCAAGAAGGCUCUGGAGGCACAGCACCCUAAGAAACGAGACCCCAUGGUGUUGUCCAAGAAGCCCAACAACGUUUGCUCUGCGGGCGUCAACUACACCCCCAACCUGACCAAGGACGUGUCCAUCUCCACCAUCUCCAACACCACGUCGGUGCAGCUCCGAGCCUCCGAGACCAAGGUGCCGGACCCCAAGAAGACGUACAACAGCGUCAGUAAGAUCGACAAGAUGUCGCGGAUAGUGUUCCCCGUCCUCUUUGGAACCUUCAACCUCGUCUACUGGGCCACGUACCUGAACAGAGAACCGGUGGUGAAAGGAGUGGUCACGUCAACGUAAUCUUUCUCUUUUUUUCUGAGAUAGGGGAUUCAGUUUGAGCCUAAUUGGAGAGUGGGUGGACUAAAAGGAGAAGGGUUGUUGUGAGGUCUCUGCCCUAGACAAAAAAAGAUAAAAUACAAAACAAAUAUCUGCGCUUGAAGAACAAAAACAAACUAUACUCAACUAUCUAAGUCAAGCACUUUGAAUGGAUGCAAGGCUGCAACAAAAUCCCUUUCCUGUUUUUCAUGGCCUAAAAAACCGCUUGAUCACAAAGAAAACUGCUUCUAAGACUACGAGAGAGCGGGUGCUUUGCUUCUUUCUCAUCUAUCCUGCUGCAGUUUGCAUGACGCUCUCCUCAAAAGGAAACCCUGGACUCCUCUUUGUCUUGAAUCGACCAUGUAUAUGUCAAUCACUGAGGACUCUUCAUCGCCACGACCUGUGGUUUUAAAUUACUGUAAACUAACACAGGCGUUUGUAUGGAAGCUCUCAGAGGCAAGUGAGGAAAAAAUCUGGUCUGGUCUAAAUAGUUUUCUCUUUUGUUUGUGAAGUAAGAAAAGGUGAAAGAAAUCUUGCCAGGAUAAUCAUUCUAAGUCCAUCAAAAAAAAAAGAUUAUCUAUGAAAAAGUUUGAAAAGUGUUUGUUGUUGCACUUUAAAAAAGAUCCUGACGAGAACAAAACUUUCAAAAGUCAUUACAACAACAAAAAAAAACUUUUUUCUCAACCUUUUGCAGAGAUGCAACUUCGAAAGAUUAUAUUGGCAAAACUUGUUUCCCACCUGUUCUCAAGUCAUAAACACAAGAGGUGAAAAAAACAAUUUAAGUCAGGCUUAAAAGAUGAAUCACUACAAUAGUUUUUCUCACUCUCCUCUCAGGGUUUCUGUAACUUUGAGUGAUUUUGCCUGAAUUUAAACUUAUCAUGGAGGCUUGAAAUGCUUUGGGGGGAAAAAAAUCUGCAAUAUAACAUGCAUUUAAAUUUGAAAAAUUGAUUUUAAAAAAUGUUCUUGAUUCCACGCUGUGUGGAAGAAACAUCUCUUGAGAUUUUUGCUGCAAGUGCAUUAAUAAUUUAUUUUGUUUGUUUGUUUUUUUUGCCAUUUUCUCUCCUAUCGCAGUGAGUGCUUGUGUGUCUCUUUGUACAUCUUUACUUGAAGAUUCAAAGCCUUCUGCUGCACUUCUGGUUUCCCAAAAAGCAUUGGGUCUCUGCGAGAAAAUGACAAAAAGUUUGUAUGCUUAAAAAAUGUAUUCGGAAGAUUAUCUGCACAGGGGUUUUAAAAAGAAGAGACACUUAAAAAAUGUAAAAGUCAUCAUUAAGGACAGCUUGGCAACAAGAAUAUUGGACCUAACUUCUUUGGCCCAGUUUGGACGCUGUGGCGGUGUGUUCAGGACACAUUUAGCAUUGGGUUUAUGUGCUUUAACUCAAUUUUGAGCCCGGGU